UGAUGAUGAUGCCACCCCCCUACCGUCCCUCCCAUUGCAUUUUCAGAUCAAUGAGCGAGAGGCGCGCACACGCUCACAGAGGAGGUAUUUUCAGCACGUUGACAGCUGUGCAGCUCCAUCGCCUGGACGCGCUCACACACAUCCAGACAGACAGACUGCUGCUGGCCUCCACCUCUCUUUUUUUCCUUUUUGUCUUCUUCCGACACACAUCUCUGACUGCAACUUUUUUCCAUUCGCCUUUCUUGUCGCAUUCCUUCUGGAUCCUUUCAUUGAUUUAUUUUUGUUCUUUUGUGGGAAUGAACUGUUUUCCUGACUGCGCCGUUUCCAUCUCAGCAUGGGAACUGCCGCGUCCAAAAGGAAGAAUUUAAGAAACGAUGCGAUAUCUUCCGUGGCAGCAAAAGUUCGAGCAGCACGAGCAUUUGGAGAGUACCUGUCCCACACACACCCUGAAAACCGAAACGGAUCAGCUCAUCUCCUCUGUGAAACCUUGGUGGGUCCUGACCCAGAGGGUCCAACUGAUACCGUUGGCUCUAACAGCAACCACCUCCUUCAUUCUCGCACCAACACCAACACGGGUUCUGUGGCUAAAUCGAAUCCCAGCCUGUUAAAGCCCCCAUUCAAAUUACUGCCGCCACCUGCACCUUCUGUUGCUGUCUCUACCAAACCAGCUCAGCUGACCCUCGAGCGAAGCUUCUCAGUGGAAGAAGAUCAACAGAAGUGCGUGGAGUGUACACUGCAGCCAGCUCGUGUGUACACCAUCACCACCCAGCACGGUAUGCUGAUGAGCACUAAGGAGAGUCUAGAAUUGGAUGUACUGAAAGAAAAGCUGGGAAGUUGUGUCGUGGGAUCCAAGGGGAACAGUGGUGGCACAGGCACCGGUGACCAACUCCUCCACAGCAACCUGAUUCAGCCCUCCAUUUCCCCUUCCUCCAACUCAUCUUCUCCCACACAAUACCAACACACCAGCAGCAACACUCGCGGUGGCAAUAGCUCUUCUGCCAGCCACCAUCACAGCAACCAUCACCACGGGAAUCACCACCACCACCACAUCUCAGGCAUGAAUGCACCUUGUACCAGCGUAGGAGGUAGUGGCAGCAGUGGCAGCAGUAGUAGCAACCAGCAGCAGCAUUCUGUAAACAUCGCAGGAUCCCAUUCCCAUCAUGCCUCACACCACCACACUCACCACCACCAUCACAUGUCUCAGCCACCGCUGCAGACCUCUGUCAGCGCCCACAACAUCCGAAGUUGGGGCGAGGGCAUGAAAGGUGAGGCGGAGUGCAGCAGUCUGACUUGCGAGUCAUGCGGCGGCGCCCCCUCGCGGAGCCAAGGCUCCUUGGAUCUGGAGACUGCGUCCAGAGAGGCAGGCAAGCAGCACCGGCGCCUAGAGCGGAUGUGGAGUGUGGACCGGGUGACUGGGCUGGAGAGAGAGGACACCAACUGGUUCCCAAAGGAAAAUAUGUUCACCUUUCAAACUGCCACAACAACCAUGCAGGCGAUAUCGAACUUCCGGAAGCAUCUUCGGAUGGUGGGCAGCAGAAGGAUUAAAGCGCAGACGUUCGCUGAGCGUAGAUCGAAGAGUUUCAGCCGUUCCUGGAGUGACCCCACCCCUGUCAAGACCGACUCCCCCAAUGAACCCAGAGAGAGCGGGGAUGUGCAGAAUGCCUCCAGCACCCAAGACGAAGCAAGCCUCGAUGACACUAUAGACUGGGAGGAAGAGAGGGAGAUAGAGAGGCUGGCCUGUGAGGGAGAUGACUUUGUACCUCCCAAAAUUAUGCUGAUCUCUUCGAAGGUCCCCAAAGCGGAGUACAUUCCCAAUAUAAUCCGCAGGGAUGAUCCCUCCAUUAUCCCCAUCCUCUAUGACCACGAACAUGCCACUUUUGAUGAUAUUCUGGAGGAAAUAGACAAGAAGCUCACGGCAUACAGACGAGGCAGCAAGUUCUGGAGAAUGCUCAUUUUUUGUCAGGGAGGACCAGGUCAUCUGUACUUACUGAAGAAUAAAGUGGCAACCUUUGCGAAAGUGGAAAAAGAGGAGGACAUGAGCCAAUUCUGGAGGAGACUCAGUCGCUUCAUGAGCAAAGUGAAUCCAGAACCCAACAUUAUCCAUAUAAUGGGAUGUUAUGUCCUGGGGAACCCCAAUGGAGAGAAGCUGUUCGAGAAACUGAAAAAUCUAAUGAGGCCUUAUUCUGUGGAGUUUGAGUCACCGCUGGAGCUUUCUGCACAGGGAAAAGAAAUGAUUGAGAUGUACUUUGACUUUCGCCUCUACCGGCUUUGGAAGACACGGCAGCAUUCCAAACUCUUGGACUAUGAGGACUUUUUGUGACGGAAAACCUGAGUAACGGUGCAGCAGAACCCUCCAGUGCCACGAGGGACAUGUUAAAACUAAUCCAAUGACUUAACGCUGCUCCGCUCGUCAACACAUAAACAACAGCCAUAACUGCUUUCAUGCUGGAGAGGACAAGGAAGACAAGAGAAGGAGGAGACACAAGUUAUAAAGAAGAGAGGAGGACAACACCACCAAUGACAGAUUAUGUCAUGCCAUGCUAUACCUUCCACAUUCCUAAUGCAAGGGUCAAAGGUGAUCAAAAAUAGAAAUAGGAUUCUUACAAAAAAAAUCAGAGAAAACAGACUAGAAAUGAAGGUCAAAAUUUAAAU